AUGCGAUUGGUUUGACCUAAGUUUGCUUAUUUUUCUGACUGUUUGCUUACCCCGACGUUUGCAUGUUGUCUCCUUCGCCUGUUUUGCAUGUCUGACUUUGCGAAGACAGCCAUGCCAAGAGGAGGGAGGGGGAUACGACCGCUAUGGAGGCCGUUGAGGGCAUCAGGAGGAUAUGAGCGGUAUAGGUCUCACCACCGAGAGAGCACACCAGUGUACGAUGAUGGGGAUAUUGAGUUGUUCCUAGACGAGUUCUGGGGGUAUGCUGAUCAUAUGGGCUGGACCAUGACCCAGGCAAUCGGGAGGUUGAGAGGAGUUGACAAAUUCGCAGAGCCCAUCGCACAGAUCCGUAGGGAGGCGAGGACGAGGUCAGAGGUGGAGGCAAGGAUGCAGGAGCUACGGCCAUCACCUGUUGGACCUGAUGGUAGACCUAUCCACUUGGAGAUAGGGAAUGCAGAGGAGUUCAUCCCCGCGUUCGAGCAGUUCAUGCAUAAUCAGGGCAUAUUGAGGGAUGAGUGGCCGAGGACGUUACCAUUGUGGACCCGAAAGGCGGAGAGGCCCUUGGCCAGGCAGAUCAGAGACAUGGCCCGAGAUUGGGAGGGAUGCAGGGCGCACUUGAGAGAGGCAUUCCGACGGCCAGAGCCGCCUCAGCCCAGAGUAGAGAGACGUCUGAGGAGCGGGAGGCAGAGGGGCCCUGAGCCCACUGAGGCCAGGCCGUCGCGAAGGGGACGAAAGGCGCUCGCAAGGCGAGAGGAGGAGAUGGUACCUGGGACUGAGGGGCGAGGGACAUAUCUUGAGUGCGGGUUAGGACCGGUGGAGUUCCAUCGUUUUACUGAGGGAGGGCAGAGAGUAUCUCCACUGCACAUAUGGGAGGAGGUGCCAGUAUCUGGAGAGCCACUACAAAAGUUGGAGGCACAAUUGGACGUCUCCCAGUGGAGAAUGCCACCAACAAGUGAGAGGCGUGACGAGCCAGCGGAAGAGGUGCCACAAGAGGAGGUUCAGAGCCCUGAGCGGGAGAAGGGACCAAAUAUUGAGAAAGGGCGUGCUGAGGAGACAGUCAUAGAGGUUGAGGAGGAUACACCCCCUCAGACGCCAGCUGUGGGACUGAGGAUUGGGAACUCACCAGAGAGUGCACCCAGCAGAGAAGAGGAAUCACAGCGAGAGGAGGUCCCACCACCACUGCCAGAGAUGCUGGCCACACACGCUCUGGAGCACCCUGACCUGGAGGAGCCCGUACCGGUAGAGUCACCCCAGGAGCCGUAUAAGGCUGGGAGAGAGGUGGAGGCGGAGAUCCCAGAGAGAGACGAUCGUCGCACAAGGGAGAGAGUACCAGCAGGGGAAACGGUUGAGGAAAAGCGGGCCAGAGUAGGGAGGCGCUGGGAAGAAAUUCAGCAAGAGAGGCAAAGGUUGGAAGAAGCAGGGGCACUCCCGGAUCCGCCGCCACCCCAUAAGCCGUAUGGACUCAAGGAGAUGUGGGAGGAAUUCCUUGUUCAACAUGGCGAGAGUUUAACAGCUUCAGACAAGGCGGAAGUCGAGAACUCACAAAAAGCGGAUGAGUAUUUGGACCGAAGGAUCCGCUCCCUGUCCAAGACAUCCUUCGACAGGUAUAUGAUGUUGGAGGCUGAUCUGAGGGGGAAAGAGAUGAGGGAGACAAGCCAUGGAAUGCGUUUGGAGGCCGUCGAGGCCGAGGUCCGCGAGCUCAGAGCAUUGGUGGCUAGUCAGGCCGCCAUCAUUCAAGAUUUGAGGCAGCAGCUUCGAGGCAGCAUGGAUGGGGCAGAAAGCAGCAGGCAGGGAGACCAGAGGCAGCCGGGACGUGGCUUACCAGAGCAGCCGCCUGCGACUGAACCUCGGCAAGAAGCACCCAUGGGGAGAGUCAUUUUGGAGCCUGAGGAGGCAAAGGCCGUGAGGAAGGCGGAGAGAGAGGCCUUCGAGUUCAGGACCCCUACUGAACUCGCUAUACUGCCUACGGUGACAGCAGGCCCUACCAUACCACCUUCAGUUGAGGAGGGACUGCCGACAGCCAGCGGCGAGCCAGUCCAGGGCUCAACAGAGAGGUCUAUCGAUGUGCUGCUUGAGACGGUUCACACUAUGCAGGAGGGCGCGAGCUUAUAUUCACCUGAACCGAGGAUAGAGGAGCCUCCUGAGGGCGAGAUGGGGGUUGCAAUGGAGGACGUCAUCGAGAGCAAAGAGUAUAGACCGGAUGAAAUUGGGAUACGACUGGGAACUAGUACUCAGGACUUGGAAACAGGAUCCGAGGAGCCUAUGGACGCGCCUCAGAGUUAUGAGCUGAGCAGGGAGGCCAGUGAGGCACCAUCAUCGCCAGGGUCUCAGCGAAGGAAGAAGAGGCCAAGAAAGUCAUUUGAUUCGACCUGUUUCUUCUGCAAAAAGGGAGAGCAUAGGGCUUUGCAGUGCCUUAAGUUCUUAAGGGACCUGGCUGAGGGGAAGGUCAUGGAAAGUGGUGGAAGAAUGUAUGAUAGACAGGGUAGGAUAGUAGAGCGAUCUGCCUACGGAGGUAGAGCUCAGUUGUACAGGCAGAACCAGGAGGAGAUGAGUGAGUAGGGAAUGGUUUGCCUAAGUAAGGCAGACGCCACUCUGUUGACCUUGUUCUCAUUUUGACAGUUAGA